AUGUCCAUCCCCAGUACCACUAGUGGCUUGCCUGUAAUGCAUGCUAUGAGUGUGGAGGCUGAAGAUGACAAGGACAUGCUGAGGGGAUGGGCAUUGUCGCGAAAUUUAUUAGAAUCGGAGGAUGAGUUUGGCUGGCGCCAAACUCAUCCUCCCGUUAAUCUCUUGCCAGUGGCUGGGACACAAUGGGAGGAUGCAAAGCAAGUUGCUACUCAGGUCUCUGUGCAGGUUGCACCAGUGGGAUUAAAGGCUCUUGGAUAUGGCCUCCUUGGUGCUGCAUUGACUAUGGCUGCCGUGGAAAGUGUACAAAUGAUGCAGCUCCUGCCCAAGACCAAGUUAAUGGGGAGGAAGGUUAAUAAGAGAAGGUCUAACAGUGUUGUGUCCAUCCCCAGUACCACUAGUGGCUUGCCUGUAAUGCAUGCUAUGAGUGUGGAGGUUGAAGAUGACAAGGACAUGCUGAGGGUUCAUCAUGAAAUAAGUUCUGCUAGCACAGAGACAUGUGGUCAUGACAUAACCUUUGAGGAUAAGCUGACUCAGACACUAGACCCCUGUACAGUUACUACAGCAUCAGUCUCCACUGAGCCACUAGAGGCACUGGUGAGCAAAAGCAUCCAGUGCAGUCCUGUGUCCACUCCAACUUCACCUAUCAGCAUCAAGGUCACUGAAUUGGGAUCUUCAAAGGCUCCUUCACAGUUGACUGCCUUUGAUGCAGAGCCUGAAAUGAUUGCCUUAUCUGCCAUAACCACUGCUGCCACGAGGGAUGAGCUUGUGAGUGUGGAGAGUUGUGGGUCUACCACUGCAGUAGGCACCAAUCAGGCUGCCUCAGGCAAGUUCUGCCACUCAUCCAGACUCUGUCCUUCAUCAAUGUUUGGGCCAGAGGAUGAGGAUGGAGUCACUGACAUUGAGGAGACUAGCAGUGGCUGUUUGAUCACCUCAUCAGCCAUUGGAUUAUCUGAACUUCCUGAUUGGUUACCCACACCAAAUGACACUGCUGUUACCCCUGGUAUUGCUGAAGAAGUCCUGGAUGAGGAUUACAAUAAGCAGAUGCAAACUGAAAGAAAGUCCAUGUCUGCAACAGAGCCACUGCAAUUCUUUAAAGCCAUGACACCUUCUCCAAAGUCAACACCACCAGAGUUCUUUAAACCCCUGAACUCAUCCUCUGGAGAAGAUGAUGUUUUUGUUUCCUUUGAUAAUUUGCCCAGUUGGGGACAAGCUUCCAAGUGCUCAUUGAGGAAUUCCCCAGCAAAGAUCCAUUCUGUCAUUUCUGGGUCCAAGAAAGUAAGCUUUUCAUCACCUGGUGGCCUGUGGAUUAAGGAAUCCAAGGACUUGGGUCCAAAAAAUGCUGGCAGCAGUUAUGAAGAUGCUUGGCAACGUUACCAACAUGCCCCAAGGGUGAAGUUUGACAUGCUCAGCCCAAAGACUCAAUGGAAAGAAGCAGUGGAUUUUGAUGAGUCCUACAGUGGUCAAAGGAGUUCUGCCAAGUCUGAACCACUUCCUCCAGUGGGCCCCCAGGCUUUUGCAACAAUUGUUUCCUCUCCAAGUGAAGUGCCAAGAGCAUCCAAGUUGUGUGUGGCUCUCAGAAAUGUUUGUCCAGACUGUGGAGUAGUGAUUCUCAUGCUUCCCCAACUGGAUCCAGACUUUGACUCAGAUAUGGACAUUCUCAAGUACAUGUUGGUGAGGACCAUGCCCAACAUGAAGAUCAAUGCAGUAGACCCUCUGAGAUUUGGAGUCAGAAGAAUAUCAUCAUCCACCAACUACUCUCCCAUAACCUACACCAGCCACCACAUGGUUGCACAUUGAGGAACAGAUGUCACUUGCUUUAUCCCCAUUCUUGACACUGGAAACCAAUGCUUUUACUAUAUUGGACUUGGGUGGGUGGAAUGAAAGGAAAUUUGUUCACAACA